UAAAGGACACCAGCCUCUGUUUCAACGUCACGGUGCAAAGGAGACAAAACAAGAGCCUAGACUUUCCACACAUGCAUGCACACUGAGUGCCCUCCCAUCACUUUGUGUCUAAAUGUUUUCCACCCAAUCCAAGGGUGGGGGUGGAUGGUGAGCCUGAUCCAUCCUGCUUUUAUAUUUUUCCCCUCAUCCUUACAGCAGCUUUUGGAAUUGGAAGCUCUGAUGAACUGAGGCUCUGGGUCCUUCGGUACAAACUCAUUUAGCACAGCUCAGAGACACAAGCCGGUCCUGCUGUCUAGGCGAGGGGAGGAGGUACAACAUAAUAGCUCUCCUCCUCCCCUGCACAAUCCUAAGGCUGCCCAGCUAAGCGCAUUGCCAGCUUCAGCAUUUGGACAGCGGCUGAAGUAUUUGCACCAAGCUGUGGCUUGAGAAAGGAGCAGCUGCCUAUCUCUCCCUCUCUCCCCCCUUGACUAUGGCCAGCGUCCAACAAGGGGAAAAGCAGCUCUUUGAGAAGUUUUGGAAAGGGACUUUUAAAGCUGUCGCCACUCCAAGAAGAGAGAGUGUUAUUGUUGCCAGUAUUACAGCUCGGAAGCCACUUACAAGCAAUGAUACCUCCAGCUACAUACCCUGUCCAGAGAAAGAGAACAAGUUUGAAGAGCAGAAUGGAAGUUUGGCCAGCUAUGGUGGAAAAGAGAGGUUUGGAAGACAGCACACACCACAGCGUGCACACAGCCACUCAGAAGAUCUUAGCGUUUCCCCUCCGCCUAAAGCAAAGAAAAAGAAGAAGAAAUCUGAGCGCAAGAAGAGGAAAAGGUCUCGCUCGUACAGCCCUUCUCCUGUAAAAAAGAAGAAGAAGAAGAGCUCUAAGAAACGGAAGAGAAACAGGUCUUCCUCCAAAAAAAGAAGACAUGGCUCAUCCAGUCCAAAAAGAAAAAGAAGACAAGAAAAAAAGAACAAAAAGCAGUCACGUGGUAGGUCUCGGAAAUCCCAUCGUCAUCAUCAUCGACAUUCACGCUCAUCAAGCUCAGAACACAGAUCUUCAAGCUGUGAAAACAGACUAUAUGAUCAGUCAAAAGAGGAAAAACAUCGAUCAAAAAGAAAGCGACAAAGAUGUAGAAAUUCUAGGUCCGUAAACAAGAAAGAGAGGAAAGGCAAAAAUCAAUACAGCCCCCUGUCAACAAAAAACAGGUGUAUGCACUCCACCAAUACUGAAAUUUCCCAAUCAGUUACUGGCCUUUUGGUCUCAUCAGAGAGAGGGGUUUGUCGGAAGGAAGGUGGAAACGAGUAUGACUCAGGGAACGAUACAUGCUCUCCUCCUUCAAUGCAGAUAAGCACUUCAAGGCUGAUGGUCAGCCAAGAAAAAGAAAGCCUACCCCACCACGGGUUUCAGCAUGCCUCCGCCUCUGGGAAAACCCCAAAUGGCCCGAGCGACAAUAUCUCUGAUUCAGGCAAUUCAUCGGCCAGUUGCUUCUCUUUCAUAAAGGACACAGCACUUCUCUUGGGAGAUAGUCAGAAACAGAAGAGAGUCCCCUCCUCUUGUCAGGGUUGCCUGGAGGAACAAAAAAUAUCAGAUCUGCUACCAGAUAGAAGCUCCCCAUAUAGUUAUCGAUCUCGGAGCUCAUCAUACAGCACCAGAAGGUCUCACUCUCGUAGCCCAAGCCAUUCAGCAAGUUCCUACUACUCACACCAUCGGUCUUCAUCAGGGAGAAAGUCACGAAGCAGAUCUAGCUCAUCGGAGGCAAGGUCCUACUCAAGAUCUCGCAGCUAUUCCUCAGCUUCAGGCAAAAAAAGCAAUCGCAGCAGAAGCUCGCGGAGUCGGAGGAGUCCAAGCUACUCUCACUACAGCCCAAGCAGGGAGCGUGACAGAAACAGCAAGUAUGGUUCCACUGAGGAGACAAAAAAAGGAGUCCGCAGGAGAAGACGCAGCUCCUACUCUCCUAUGAGGAAGCGUAGACGAGAUUCCCCGAGCCACCUGGAGGCUCGAAGGAUCACCAGUGCUCGCAAGCGACCCAUCCCAUACUACCGGCCUAGCCCAUCCUCUAGCAGUGCCAGCAGUACCCCUUCUUGGUAUAGCACCUGCAGCAGAUCCAGAAGCCGCAGCUUUUCCAGCCAUAGGAGCAGUAGAAGCAGAAGUCCUAGCAGUAGGAGGAGCAGAAGCAGGGACUGGAGCAGAAGUUCUCGGGAGAACAGCCGAAGUCGAAGUUGGAGCCAGAGCUCAGACUCUUGCAACAGCACUAGACGCUAGAUCCUAAGGCUGCCUCAUGAAAAAAGCUCUAAGCAGGUCUACUCAAUGAUUUCUAACAGAUAUCCAAGCCCCAACAAGAAAGUUUCAUUGGAUUCAAGCAAUUAAUUGGAUUUUCCCUAUGCACAGAAGCAGAAAAAAUAGAGAUAAAGACUUAAACUUGGCCUUCACAUUGCACUGAAGACAAGGCUUGCAGGAAAGCUCAGCAUGCAUGAGUAUCCCUGUACUGGAGUUUUAAUGCACCUGCCUGUUCAUAUGUAUUAUAUAAAUAUUCAAAUGAACCGAUGAACUCUAUAUGGAAUGGCAUAUGAACUGUGCCACCCCCUUACAUUUUUAGAUGCCAGAAAAGCGCUUUAAUAUCUUCAGUACUUUGCAGAUUCUUGUUGUGGUACUUUUGAUGAAGCAGUAUAUUACACUGAACAUGUCUCCUCCUAUUUGGAAUAUUAUGAAAAAUCUCCUGAGCCAGAAGAAUCAAUAGCAUAGAAGUGGUUAAGAAUGACUUCAUCUCAAAGCAAAUCUCAGCUGGAUGCAGCUAGAAGAAUGUUCUCCUAUUUCUGUGGAAUGAACUUCUUAAUAACUGGGUGUAUUGACAGUCCAACAGCUGGUUGGUUCAACAUCUGAGCUAAGCCCACUGUUUCAAAACUAGUAAUUACUCUUCUGACUGUGCUAAAUCAUUGAGAUGGUAUCUGAACCAUAUAAUGCAGACGUGCAGUGUUAUGACACCCUUUUUAUUCGCUUCAUUCCAUGCCCAAGAGCCAUUAGCAAGUAAAUGGAAGACAAUUACAAGGGUAACUGAAAUGAGUUGCAAUAGACAAACAGAUGGCUGUGCUAUUAUUUAUUUACUUAUUUAUUUUGUUAUUUAUUAUUUUAAUACUUAAUUUAUAAUGUGGCAAUGGCAUAUUGUGUGAUAUUCUAGUACUAUGUCUUUAUAGCAAACAAUAAUGAUAUACUACUGAUUUCCAAGAUGACGAAAAACAAGGAAAUAGCAAUAUGUGUGCUUCAGCUAUAAUUUAAUCAUGUGAUUUUAUAAAAGCAAACAAAUGCCCAUAUGUCACUUCACAGAAAACUAGUAAAUGGCAUACAAACUUCUAAUACUUUUGUGCUUUGGCCACUGCCUUAUUGUUAGUGAAAAUCAUUUGGGUUAUAUUUCACAAAAGUGAGUACUGCCUGUUAUAAUUGACAUCUUGACAUGCUAAGAUUGACAUCUGUAAGAUAAUCACUCUUAUGCUACCUGCUUUCUUUUGACAACAAUGACAAGGGAACAACCAAUGAUUCCAUAACAUCUUAAAGAUUCACUCUAAGGGGCUGAUUUAUCAACAUUUGAAUUCAAGUUUUUGCCACAAUUCAAAACUGGUGCUAAAACUCAUGGAUUUGAAUCAGAGCUUCCGUAUUCGAAUGUUAAAUAUUUAUUAACCCCCCCAAAAAAUGGAAAAACUUGCACACAAUCCUUUGGCAUGUAAAAGCUUGCAAGUCUAUGCAUGGGAGUUAUCAUAGCCAAAAUAUAAGCAGUUUUUUUUCAUUGUUAGUUUUUACAGUUUUUUGUAGAGUCUGCAGAUCCAUUGAAAAUCAUUAGUAAAAUGCAAGUUUGAUGCACAAUCGAGUUUUAUUUGAAUUGGAAAAAAAACUAAAAUUGAAAAAUUCUAAUUUUUGAUUAUCCUCCCCAUGCCAUCUGCAACAAUAUUUAACUCUAGUUAAAUAAUGGAGCCAAUUAUAAUGCAGUUUGGUCACAAAUGAAUAGAAUAAACCAUCAGCCUAUAUGCACCUUCUUUGACAGACAAGAGGGGGAGAGAGACAAAACCUGCUUAAAUGUGAAUUAGUUUUGUUCUUACUUACUGGUCACAACAAGCUCAAGUUGUAAAUUCAACAU